UGAAAGAUACAAUUCUGUAAGGAAAUCAGCAAACGACCCCUUGUUAUGGGUCCUCACUGCCUAGAGAACUGUCUGAAACCCGAAAUACUCAGCAACUGGAAGCUGACAUGACUGUAGUGAUUGGAUUUGAGGGUAGUGCCAACAAGAUUGGUGUGGGCAUUGUGAGGGAUGGGGAAGUACUCUCAAACCCCAGACGCACCUACAUUACACCCCUGGUCAAGGCAAGGUUCCUGCCUAGUGAGACAGCCAGACAUCACCGCAGUGUCAUCCUAACAGUUCUGAAGGAGGCGCUGGAGGAGGCAGGGCUGAAGCCUGCUGACGUUGAUUGCGUGGCAUACACAAAGGGACCAGGGAUGGGUGCCCCCUUGGUGACAGUGGCUCUGGUGGCGCGCACAGUGGCCCAGCUGUGGGGGAAGCCUCUCCUGGGUGUCAACCACUGUAUUGGCCACAUUGAGAUGGGCCGCCUCAUCACUCAAGCCGAUAACCCCACUGUGCUCUAUGUCAGUGGGGGUAACACACAGGUGAUUGCAUACUCUGAGCGGCGCUACAGGAUAUUUGGUGAGACCAUCGACAUUGCAGUGGGAAACUGCCUGGACAGGUUUGCCCGGGUGAUAAAGAUUUCCAAUGAUCCCAGCCCUGGGUACAACAUUGAGCAGAUGGCCAAGAAAGGUACACAGUAUGUGGAGCUUCCAUACACGGUGAAGGGGAUGGACGUGUCAUUCUCUGGGAUUCUAUCCUAUAUCGAGGAAGCAGCUGGGAAGAUGUUGAAAUGUAAUCAGUGUACAGCAGAAGACCUGUGCUUCUCCCUACAGGAGACCCUGUUUUCCAUGCUGGUGGAGAUCACAGAGAGGGCCAUGGCUCACUGCAGCUCCCAGGAAGUGCUCAUCGUUGGAGGCGUUGGCUGCAAUUUGCGUCUGCAGGAGAUGAUGGGAGUCAUGUGCAAGGAGAGGGGUGCAAAGCUCUUUGCUACAGAUGAGAGCUUUUGUAUCGAUAAUGGAGCAAUGAUUGCACAGGCUGGCUGGGAGAUGUUCCGAUCUGGUCAGACAACUGAGCUGUCAGACUCAUGGAUCACUCAAAGGUACAGAACAGAUGAAGUGGAGGUGACCUGGAGAGAUUGACAGCUCACUACCCAACAGGAUGCAACUUGCACCCACCUUCCCUUUACCUGGAUUGUAUGUGUUGUGUCAUGAUGGAGGGAAAGAAUGUAGAAAUAUUCUAUGCCUCACUUCUAUCGUUCUGAACUCCUCAACACAACAGUUUUUAGCCACCCUCAUUAGUAUUUUAGGCCUAGAUUAAAUCUGGACUGCAGAAAAUCUGCGCUAUAGUGCGAUUGAAAUGUAAAGGCAAUGUUCCCGCAUUUGGAGAAAACACCUUUAUCUUUUGAUAUUUUUUGGCUUUCUCUAGUGCUGGAUUCAAUCUGUAUCGCAGAAGAUCCGCAUUAAAAUAAGUCAUUUCUGAUUGAGCCAACAUAUGCAGCGUUUACCGUGAAUGAAGUCUCUGCGAAUGCAGGAACUAUGCCUUUAAAUUUCAAUAUAAUGCAGAUCUUCCGCGAUACGGAUUUAAUCCAGCCCCUAGUCCACAAUAUAGCCACGUUUAUACCUGGUGUUAAAGUGUCCUGAUCUUGUCAACAUUCUGAUUGUGCAAAUAUAUUUUUUAACAAGUGUAUACGAUUAAAAGAAGUACCUCCGGA